GACGAUGCCAUUCCUGAGUAUGCACGUCCUUGUAGCAACAUACAACCCUGGAUUGGCCAUCAUCAAUUUUCCACAGCCAAGACGAAUAUCAUAUCCUUUGUUCAUGCCAGCCAAAGUAUGAAUAGUAACCGGCCCCGCCCCCACAAUGGACCUCGUACCUGACAGACACGAGCCAAUCUUUAAGCAGUCAAAGUCUAAUCCCCAGAUUGAUCAGCCAUCAGCUCUUCCUAUCGGGGCUAGUCGACGGCCCGUAUACGAGCCGGCCCCAAACAUAGUAUCCCUUAUAGGAAGCAACUCGCGUGCCAUGCAGAUCUGAAAGUAGAAGUGCAGAAGUAUAAAGAUGGAAAUGCGAGGGCGAAAUGUAGAAUACGAACUUGGCAUCUGUAUGUACGCCCCUUUGCACUUAAUCAAGCCAUUGUAAUGCAAUACUUGUUCACUCUAUAUAAACCCCGUCACCAUUUUCUCAAUCCCCCCUCUCAUCAAUUCAUCCUUGAAACAUAACUACCUACGACUCACGUUCACACCCACCAAAUGCACUUCUCAACACUCACCAACCUAAUCCUCCCCCUAACUCCCCUCCUCUUCCUCCCCCAAACACACGCCUCCCACCUCGCCAUCGCCGACCAAAAAUCCCAAACCAUCCGUGUCUUCCCCCGCUCCGCACCCAGCUGGACCCAAUCGACCAUCCACUGGGAAUUCGACCCCUCAGGAGCCAACAGCCUCUUCACCAGCACCAACCCCUGGCACGACGUAUCCGACGUGCGGAUCCGCAAAACCGCAAAACACGGAUGGGUCGCACUGGUCGCCGCGUCGCGCGGAAUGGUCGGCAUCGUGGAUAUCCAGAAAGGACGGCCCCGGACGGGGGUGCAGGAUGUGCUGUGGUCGGCGUACACGGGGGGAAAUCCGCAUGCGAUCGAGCGGAUUCCGUACGUGGGGGGACUCGUGGUGGCGAGUUCGCAGAGUCAUGCACUUACGUUGUAUGCGCCUGUUGGGGACGGGGGUGUUAGUGAUUAUGCGAGGGUGAGGAAGGUGGCGACGUAUGAGGUGGAGGGUGCGCAUGGAGUGUUGUGGGAUCCGAAUGGGGGUGAGGAUCCCCGGGAUGGGUUUCUGUGGGCGAUUGGGAAAGGGUAUCUGUAUAAGUAUAGGGUGGUGGGGAAGGGGGAGGAUUUGAGGUUGGAAAGGCUGGCUGGGAAGGAAGGGAAGAUUGAGUUGCCUGGGACUGGGGCGCGGAAUGGUCAUGAUUUGUCGGCGAGCUAUGCGCAUGAGGAGCUCUUGUUGUUGACGCAUACGAGCGCGGCGUAUAGUUAUAACAAGACGAGUGGGGAGUUUGAGAUGCUGAUGAACAUGACGAAGCUGAAGUCGUUGGUGCAGGAUGAGUCGGGGGAGUAUGUGUGGGUGCGCGGUGCGAAGAAUGAGAUGGGACAGUAUGUGUCGUUCAGUGAGGAGGGGGAUCCGGAGGUGGAAGAGGAUAAGAGGGGAUGGGGGGAUGCGGAAUUUUACAAAGCGAGGAUCUAUGAUCCUGCAUACUAUUGA